GCCUACUCUGCUUCACAUUCAUUACAACAUAUUCUCUUCUUCUUCUUUUUCUUUUUAAAACAAUGAAGGCAAAAUUUUCUGGGUUUAUAACCUUUUUGUUCUUAGCUUUUCUUCUUCUUUGUUCUUCCUCAGUAUCUGCUCGUUUCCUGCUGCAAAUCAACAACCAUGGUGAAAAGGAGCUUAAAGCAAACGAGAUGAUGAUGAUUCAAGCUGAUAGAAAAGAUGAUUUCUCAGAGUUGAUGGGAGCAGAAGAGUGUUAUGAGCAAGAUGAAGAAUGUGUGAAAAGGAGGAUGAUGGCAGAUGCUCAUUUGGAUUAUAUUUAUACUCAAAAUCAUAAGCCUUAGAAUUAUGAUUAACGAUCCAUAAAUAUACAAUACAAAGGGCUAAUAUAUAUAUAUAUAUAUAUAUAUAUAGAAAAAAGAAUUGUGUAGUUAUGAAGUUGUAUGUAUGCAUGUAUGUAUGUAUCUAGCAUUUAGCAAAGUUUGAAUGUAUCUUUCUCUGUUUCUUAAUAAUAUAAAGCUUUUUAAGGCAUCAAA